AGCAAAUGGUUAACCUUUUAAAGCCAUUUGAAGAAAUUACAAGACACAUUUGUGAAUCAAAAUAUCCUACUUUGAAUCUUGUAUAUCUAUAUAUUCGAAUCUUAAAAAAUAAAUUCAUGCCUAAAAGUGAAAAUGGCGAAUCAUUUGAAGCUUGGAUUAAUCUAAUUUACAGCUUAGAAGACUCUGCUACUGAUGAGGAUUCAAGUCUUAGUAGUGACAAUGACGACAAUAGCAAUAUGCACAUCGAAAUGCAUAUCGUAAUAAAGGUCAUAUAA